AUGUCUGCAGCAAGACAACGCCUUGCACAGGUCUCUGACCAUCUAGCUGGCUCGCAGAGCAAGAUCACCCCUACAGAGGGCGAUAUAGGGGGCUAUGGAUCCUCCGGGCGAGCAGGCAUCCUGAAGAAGAGUCCAGAUGAUGUCGUCGUAACAGCCUGCCUCCGCACCGCCUUCACCAAAGGCGGCAAAGGCGGCUUCAAGGACACCGCAGCGGCAGACAUGCUGGUCGGGGCCUUCAAAUCCCUCAUCGAGCGCUCGAAGAUCGAUCCUGGUCUCGUGGAAGACAUUGCUGUAGGCUCUGUGCUGCCGCCGGGUGGAGGAGCGACAGAGUUCCGUGCUGCCGCCCUGGCGGCUGGGUUCCCGGUCAGCGCAGCGGUGAGGAGUCUGAAUAGGCAAUGUAGCUCGGGGUUGCAGGCGUGUGUGGAUAUUGCGAACGCGAUUAGUGCCGGCAUGAUUGAGGUUGGUGUUGGUGCGGGGGUGGAGAGCAUGAGUCUGCAAUACGGACCUGGUGCAGUCACCGAGUUCUCCGAGCUCCUCGAAUCCCACCCCGAAUCUGCGAACUGCAAAGUCCCCAUGGGCGUCCUCUCCGAGAACAUGGCCAAGAACCGUGGCGUCACCCGCGCCGUGCAAGAUGCCUUCGCAGCCUCCUCAUACCAGAAAGCUACCAAGGCCCAAGCAGCCGGUCUCUUUGAUGAGGAGAUCGCGCCAUUGACAGUCAAGUGGGAGGAUCCCAAGACGGGAGAUGUGAAGGAGAUCACUGUUGCGAAGGACGACGGUAUUCGCGCUGGCGUGACUGCCGAGAGCUUGGCCAAGAUCAAACCUGCAUUUGCGAAAGACGGAUCUAUUCACGGCGGAAAUGCCUCGCAGAUCUCCGACGGUGCUGCGGCCGUGCUCCUCAUGAAGCGCUCUACAGCCGAGCGUCUCGGUCAAACCAUCCUGGGUAAAUACGUCGCGGCGUCCGUUGCAGGUGUUGCUCCCUUGCUCAUGGGUAUUGGCCCUUGGGCUGCUAUCCCAAAGGUCUUCGAGCAGACGGGUAUUAGCAAGGAUGAUGUCGACAUCUUUGAGAUCAACGAGGCGUUCGCUAGUCAGUGCGUGUGGUGCGCAAACGAGCUGGGCAUCGAUGAGAAGAAGAUUAAUCCCAAGGGAGGCGCAAUUGCGUUUGGACAUCCGCUGGGGUGCACGGGGGCGAGACAGGUUAGCACGUUGCUUUACGAGUUGAGGAGGACGGGACAGAAAGUUGGGGUGACGAGUAUGUGUGUGGGUACGGGAAUGGGAAUGGCUGCGGUUUGGGUGGCGGAGUAG